AUGACUGAGAUGUAUAUAGAAAAGAAUAGAUGUUCGGAGAGGAAAAAAAGUUUUGUAAUGAUAGAUGACAUAUUAUUUAAUUGCAAAACACGAAGAGUUAUAAAAUUUGUUCUUCAUACAAAUAUUCCAGGACAUUAUGACUUUGGGAUAUACUCAAGAUGUCAUUUUAAUUUGGCACUUGAAAAAGAAGGAAUUGUAAUUGACCCAUACUCAAAGUUUGAGGAAUUUAAUAGUAUUUUUACAAAUAGUGAUGGUGAAAUAACAACAAAGCCUGUUGUUUUAAAUAGAGGUGGACCAAAUGAAGAUGAAAAUCCAUUUGGAGCAAAUUUUUGUUAUGGCACAAAUCAAAUGAUUUUUGAAGUAAUGGAGAAUGGUCAUAUUGGGUCAGUAAUACUUUUUGAAUAG